CGCAUAGCAGCAACGCGGAGGAGGAGGAGACCAUGAACAUCAUGCCAUGCUCGCCAGAGGAGGCCCGCGUCCACAGGCGUUGGCAAGAGCCUCCGGAGAGCCCGCAGGAGAUAGGUGAGUACAGGAAGGCCCUAGGCUCCACGUUGGAGGGCCUAGAGAGGCAGAUCAAAUGCUCCCAAGAGCUCAAGAUGGACGCAUCACAAGUGCAGGCUCUACGACACGAGUAUGCCGUGGUAUUGUACCAGCUCAUGUACUCGCGCACAGCCUCCGCACGCACUGCCAAGCAGCUCAGCUUUGUCAACAGAGCAAAGCGCAGGCUGACGGAGCACACCAGCUGGCACACGCUCUCCAAGUACGCCUACCACUCGAUCUCCGCCUGGAGCUACACCGUGCUCGGGCUCAGCGGAUUCAAAGGCAGAAUUUUCCACCCCUGGUCUGUUGGCGAGCAUGCAGCACUCGCAGCAGGACCUAUGGCGCAGCUACUGGAGUUCAAGACAGCCAUGAAUACCAUACAGAAGCAGCUCACAGACGUCAGCAUCAACAGCAAGACA